AACAGGAUUGAGUCUAAGUCAGCUCUUUCAACCUUCGCAUGACGCACCUCCAUUUUGUAGCAUAGGUGAAAACAAACGAACGGCCACAAUGUUGCUUCGAUGUGAGCUAUAAGGAAGAGGAUUAUAUUGUUGCUGUUGUUACCUGGGUUUCAGGUGCUGACAGAACAAGCAGACCAGGAAGUGGGGAACCAUGGGGUCCUGGAUCCUUGGUCUGUGUAUGGUUUUGUGUUUCUGGGGAACAGUUAGCGGGAACAAGCUUCACAGCCACACUGUUGGCCGGUGUACUGUCAAUACUGGCACAGCAUCAUUCAACUGCAGUCAGAGGAAACUUGCACAUAUUCCACCAGAGAUAUGGGACAAUGCAACUACACUUGACCUCUCCCAGAACGAGCUCAACCUCACUAACCCUCAACACCUACGACAAUUAAAUAGAUUGGAUCAGUUGGUUACCCUAAAUCUCUCAGGCAACUACCUCCCUCUGCUGGAGAAAAGCCACCUCUGCAGUCUGCUCUUCCUGCAGAUUCUAGACCUCAGUGACUGCCAACUGGCCUCGAUAGAAGCUGGAGCUCUGCAGAGUUUACCUAGGUUAAGGAAGCUGUUUUUGGGGGAUAACAGACUGCAAGGUCCCCUAUCUGCCUUUGCCAAAACAUUAUCCUUCCCGGAUCUCAGCGGGAAAAAGACUGACCGCGCAUCUCAUUGGCCAACAGGAAUCAGAAAACCAUUCCAUAGGAAACUGUUAACACUGGAUCUUGGAGAUCACAGUCCACAUGCAAACAACACUAAUAGCAGUGAGGUUGGUAGUACCCCAGGCCGUGUUUCCAAGAGCUGGCAGUACUUGGUGGUAGUACUGGUGACGGCCAUCUCCCUGUCCCUCCUCAUCACCGUCCUGGCCAAAUGCCAGCUCAUCCGCCGAUACCUGGCCAGCUACCGCCACACCCGGCUGACCGAGGCGGACGCGACCAGCCAGUGUGACCCCAACAGUCUGGAGGUUGGUUACUCCAUGAACCACCAUGGGGGACACGGACGGAGCACCCACCCUUCUGCUGUCCACCAGGGACACAUGAACAUGGAUGAAGAGGACGACGAUGACGGAUUCAUAGAGGAUAAUUACAUACAAGCCAGCGAGAGGGAGAGGGCUAAGAGGGCGCUGGAGCUGGAGGAAGAGGAUGAGAUGGUCUUUUCCAUUGGCUAGAAAAGAGAAAAUGCAUUAGGGGGAAAAAGAGUCACAAGUGACUACAAAACUGACAAUAGCUAUAUUUUGCGAAGUAGAAACAACUCAAUAUGUCUUUGCAAGUUUUACUUACUCAAACGUCAUCUGAGGGCAGAAAUACAUUUGAUUGGUACAGGCGAACACCCAAUUGAAAUGGAGAGGAGGCAGUGUUCAUGAACACUAAAAAUGAAUAAAAAGCGUGCUAUUCUGCUAACGUCUGCGAAAGAGUACGUUUGCUUCUUAUGUUAUAAUGAACAUUACUUGAUUACGUGCUAAAUGUAAUGUAGAUAACAUUCAGCUGUCAAUUUUUGGUCUAGGUAACAUUCACUUACCCUUUUGAUCCAGCUUCAAAUGUUCAUGAGCACUGCCUCCUCUCCAUUUCAAUUGGGUGUUUGCCUGAACCAAUCACAUUUCGUUCUGCCCUAAGAAGAUGUUAAGUAUGUAAAACUAGCAUUGGUGAAAUGACCUGCGACUGCGUGUCUUUUUAAGAUUGAAAGAAUUCGGGUCAGUUUAUGGAGUUUAAACAAAUAUUUAAAAUUAUUAUACAAAGUUGGUUGAAUAAUCAAUAAUUUUGAGUUGGCUUUUUAGUUUGUUUGCACUCCAUUUUGUAAUAUUUGAAGAUCAAAUAAAUGAUUUGUAAAUUCCAUUA